AUGCCAAAAGUGAAGGUGUCUAGAAGUGAAUUGAAACCAUCGCCGGUGCCAGCGACGACACUGGUGGCCCUGGUUACCGUCGCUGUGAUGCGAUCCGGCGUAGUGGCAGCGCCCUCGUUAGCGGCCAAAUCCUGGCCGGCGAUGAAAAAUUACGACAUCUGGGGAAUCCCAGCCGACGAUGGGAAGCAGCAGCAGAAUGCCGUGUCGCCAUCGUUAGCAUCAUCCGCUAGAUCAUCGUCCGCAUUCGGUCGUCGGUCGACUUCAUUAUCCGAUUCGCAGUCGUUGGGAGUUGACCCUAAUUUACACAAUGUUACCGAAAGCCAGCGGCGGCGGGGUCACAGUUUCGGGUUGGAUGCAUUUUCGCAGGACGAUGGUGGCUACGAAAGAGACGAUGAUAACAGUUUCGACGGAGGAUACCGAAGCAGCGGCCGGAAAGCCAAGGUGCUUAACUUUUUCCCGGUUCCGGUGGACGACGAAUGCCUCUCGGACGAUGGACUGCGCACCGGUCAGUGCAUGAAUGUGUACGAAUGCCGCAUCCAGGGUGGUUCGUCACGAGGCGAAUGUGCACUCGGUUUCGGCGUGUGCUGUAUUUUUACGGCCACCUGCGAUCAGGAGAUGGCAAACAACAUCACCUACUUUGUGUCACCCAGCUUUCCGGCGCUGGUGUCGCAAGACACGAUGGCAUGCAAGCUGAAAGUCAAACUUAUCAACUCGGAAAUAACUCAGUUAAGAUUUGAUUUCAUCCACUUUGCAUUGGGCCAGCCUAACCGACGGACAGGAAUCUGCGACGGGGAUGUGCUGCGGAUGGUUGGAGGAGUGUUCACGUUCGAUUUAUGUGGUCAAAAUAAUGGCCAGCACAUGUACUACGACGUAAAUUCCAAAUCUCGUGCGAAUAAUGAAAUAGAACUGGAGAUGAACUUCUCACCACGGUCCUUUACGCAGAGGCUGUGGGAGAUCAAGGUGACGCAGAUUCCUUUCAGCCAAAGAGCACCGAGCGGGUGCAUGCAGUACUUUACCGGAACGGAAGGCGUAAUACAGACGUUCAAUUUCGCCGAAAACGGUCGACAUUUGGCUAAUCACAACUACAGGGCGUGCAUCCGACAGGAGAAAGGAAUGUGUUCUGUUGCUUAUGAACCGUGCGAUGACCAAUCUUUUCGCAUCGGAAACCCGAGGGCUGACAGUUCGGGUAGUUUUUCAACGCCUUUCGGCAGUGGUAAUCAGGGAGGAAUUCUUAACCCUGGUUCCGGGGGGUUGCUUGGGUCUGAUGGAACGGGUACAUUCACGGAUCCUGGAAUUGCCAGUGAUCCUUUCGCACCGGCGGCAGAUGUUCCACCUGCUCUAGCAGAUCCCAGUGAUGCUGCGCCUGCGGCGGAUGAACCGGUGGCCGACGAACCUGUUGCUGAUGAACCAGCUGCCGAUGAUCCACCCUCCAAUGAUCAACCCGCCGAUGAUCAACCCGCAAAUGAUCCUGAAGAAGAAGGCUCCGGAGGUGGCGGUGGAGGUGGAUUUUUCGGAAGCUUCUUUCCUUCAUUUUUUUCGCGAAGCAUCUUCGACUCGUAUCGGGAUUUCGAGGGAUCCAGCCGGCAGGGUCGUUUUUCGAGACAGUUCUAUUCGACCUGCAGGGAUCGGAUAACGCUGCCGUGCAUUGUGGAGGACUUUAUCGGUAUCGGAAUGGGUGAUCUGCCAAGCUGCGUUCCGGUGCACUGUGGCAAUUCGUUGUGCCCCGGUGGGGCAACACCCUGCCGGGUGGAAACCUCGGUUACCCCUUUCGGGUUGGGAAUUCAUUUCGGUGAAGGUCUGGAUAAAGGAAGUCCGGAGGACAAUAUCGGGGCCUGUUUGCGGUACAGUCAGAUUCCGUGUGCGGGGUAA